UGGGAAACUCAGUGAUUAUGAUUAGCAAAACCUUGUUUCCGCUGCGAUGUUUCCAGUCGGACACAAUAACAUUGAGCAAACUGUAGUUGUCCGGACUAGUAGGCUAGCGGUGUCGCCAGUAGUUUCCCCAGCUGAUAGUUACGUUAGUUGGUUUGGGAUAACUAGUGUGUUACAGGCGUAGCCACGGCCAGAGGUUAAGAUGGACCCGGCUCACAAAGCGGUGCUGCGGAAACACAGACUGGAUCUGUCCGACCAGCUGCUGGUCAGUGACACUAUCGUUCCGUUUCUGUACCAGGAGGGCAUUAUCACGGACACGCAAGUGGAGGACAUCGAAUCUCAAUCGACAAACAGACAGAAGAGUCUGAAGCUGCUGGACAUCCUCCCGAGCCGCGGGCCCCGUGCCUUCGACUCGUUCCUGCAGUCUCUGGAGGACUUCCGGUGGGUCCGAGACCGGCUGCUGCUGGAGCUCCAGACUGCACCUGGACCCAGCUCGACAGACGUCUGCCAGAUUCCUGACUCGGUUCUUCAGGGGGUUCCUUCGGAUCUGGAGUUGUCCCGGCUGGCGUCUCGGCUUGGAUCUGAGUGGGAGUCGGUCCUGCUGGAUCUGGGUUUGUCUGUGGAGGCUUUGUUUCGCUGUCGGUCUGAUCACUCUCUCAGUACUCAUGGAGCGGUUCUGGCUGGACUGGUUCAGUGGAGACAGACUGAAGGGAAGAAGGCCACAGUGCAGAGGCUGCUGCACAGUCUGCAGGUCGCUGGUAUCCAUCCGUCGGUACUGGAGGACGUCCUGAUGUGAUGGAUUUGACCUUUUACCUUCCUGUUUACAGUCAGAUGUGUACAGCAUCGGUCUCUCAGCGCCGUCUGGCUGUACACUGGACAAGACAGUGUAUGACCUAGUUUGUUUGAAGCCCGGUGAGAAUUCUGGUGUUUACCGGACAAAACUCUGGGACCAGUCACAUGAAAGGUCUUUAGAACGUGAGUCACAAAAUAUUGUUUAAAAUGUGUUUACAUCAUGUAUCAGACCUGAAGAUGACUGCCCACAGUAAACCUCAGCAACAAGACAUGAAGAGCAGAGCUUUGUGAGGCCGUGAGUGACGGGAACAAGUGAAGCCAGGUCAAAUGCUUUUGUCACUCAACUUAAGGCUGAAUCCAGAUGUUUGGACUUCAUCAUUUGCAGUCUACUGGGCAUUAGAGAUUAUGACUUGGAUUUUUGAGAAGAAAGUCAAAAUUAUGACAAAUGUCUGGCGCCAAGUCAGAAAACAAAUUCUGAGAUAAGAAUCUGAGAUUCAGAGUCUGAAUUUUGAAAGAAUCAGCAAUUUCAAAUUAAAAUUUAGAAAUCUGAGGUUAAAAAUCUGGAUUUUGGGAUUCAAAUUUGAAUUCAAGCUUAAAGUCUAACUUUGAAAUAAAGUCCCGACUUUUAGAUUAAAAAUGUGAAUUUUGAGAUAAAGGUCAAGAUUUUGAGAUGAAAAAGUCAGAAUUCUGGAAAUAAAUUCAGAAAUUUGAGGGUAAGAAUUAAUUUUGAGAAUAAAAGCAGAAAUUUUGACAUUUACAUUUUAAAAUAUAAUACAAAUUUAGUUAAAACCAGAGAUUAAAAGUCAAAAUGUUGAUAAAAAUUUAGAUUCAGAGGUAAAAUUUGAUACAGAAGAUAAAAAUGUGAGAUUUAAAGUAAAGAAUUAUCAGAAUAAAGUGGGCAUAAAGUUUUCAGGCAUAAAUUCGGAUUCUGAAAAUCUUGUGUUCAUUUUCAAAUUCCACACACACACCCCAGUGUAAACAUGGAUCAGAUUUACACUGGUGUAAAAGGCAGAUCAGACUUUUGAUUUUGCCUCUUAUUCAUGUCACAUGUAACUUUAUAAAUUCUGUUAAAUGUGCUUUUCCUCCUCGUCUGUGUUUGCCCCUGACUCCGGCUUCCUCAGUGGAUUUUCCCACAUUUUCCUGGAAGUCGGCCUAAAGGUAGAGCGAUCGGUUUGUUUCAGGGAAACACCUUGACUGAGGUUUGGGUCUGGAAACCACAUAGAGGCUGAAACACAGCAGCAAGGGCGCCCUCUCUGCACCUCAUUAAUUCCUCAACAGCCACAGUGGUCCUGCUGCUGUCUCGCUGUUAAGGUGGACUGAUGAGAUAGAAACUGCACUGUGGCCAAACUCUAACUCUUUGAGUUUGUUGAAAACCUUCAUUUUAAACCAAAAUUGAGAGUUGAUCGAUUUAUUUAUUUGAUAAAUCCUUUACUUAACCAGGUGAACCUCACUGAGAGUGACCUAGCCAAGAGGGCAGCAAACGGUUAACCAGUAAACUGUGACAACAACAGACUAGGACUACAUGUGGACACACAACUGAGACAUACUUCAGCAAACACAACGUCCACGUAGUGUAAAAUCACAGAAACCCAAAAAAGAGUUAAAAGCAUCAACACUUCAACACGCACAGUGGCACUGACCGACAACGCUGUUGAAUCGCUCCAGAGCAGGCGGUUCUGAUAGUUUUGGAUCCUUCUGCACAUUGUUCCAAGAAGAAGGCGCAGCAUGUUGAAAGCUUUUUGCCUAAUUCUCUUCUAACUUUGGGAACCAGCAUCUGAAAAGUACUGUGUGAGUGUAGGCCAUAUUGACUUUGGUCUUUACACAUACAAGUACAUAAAUAAGGUGGAACCAGCCUGAGAAGAGAUUUAUAUAUAACAACCAACUAACGCAAAAGCUGGCCAGCGAUGAGGCGUAAAGCACAGUGACAUACCAAACAGCACAUCACCAUAAUCCCCUAAAGGUAAAAAGGUUAAAUGUCCUUUCUGAUCCAAAGUCAUUCCUCAGACUGAACUGUAAAUGUUAAUGUUUAAUUUAAAACGUGAACUGUUUCCACUCAGAUGACUGUUGAACACGUCACUGACUUUCUGAGCUGAUAUCUCGUUGAAGUAAUGGUUGUACUUCACUGGUUUUUACUCUGAGAUGAAAGGUUUUGAUGAUAUUAUCAGGAGUCUGAGAUUAGAGUGAGGAGUGUGGGAUUAAAAAUCUCAGUUUACAGAUAAAAGCAUCUGAGAUUAGAAGUCAAACCUUUGAGAUGAAAAUCAGGAAUGACAGAGUAAAAACUUUAAUGAAAGGCAGAAAAUCUGAGAAUUUAUGCCCAAAAUUUGAGAUAAAAGUCAAGAAUAUAAAAACUUUUGAGAAUAAAGUCAGGAAACUGAAUGAACCGUUGUGAGGACUACUUGUCAGCAUUAAGAACAUUUCUAAAACGUAGUCGUACGAAUUUAUUUCCUGCACUCUGCUGAAGCCAGGGCUCCUGUUUGUUAGGUUGUGUUGUUAUCUCUGUUUUCUGACAUUUUUAAGGUGUUAAGGAAACACACAGCGAUAACCAGGAAAAUCCAAGAUGGCCACACUUAAACACCUGAAAAUGAAAAGUCAGAAUCUUAAACAAAGUCUGAGAUUCAAUUCAGGGUUUGAGACAAAAGAUAGAAUUUUUAGAUGAGGUUGAAAAUUUUAAUUCUAAGACAAACGUUUGUGCUAAAUGUUGUGAAUCCCAGAUUAAAAGUUAUAAUUUUAAUUUAAAGCCAGGAAUCAGAGUAAAAGCCUGCAGACUGCUACGUUGGACUAGAAGCUGCUCUGGUUAUAAUGAUGUUAUAUAAAGGGGCUUUUUCUGACACCCACAGAGUUUCGGUUAUAAUCAGGUCACUCCACGCUGUUAACACGCUUUUAGAAACUGUCAGUCGGCAGCUGUGUUGGUGAAAUCCUGGUGAAGGGUUAAAGUGACUAAAUGGUCGCUGAUUCACGCCGUGUGCUGCUCCUCGUGUGAGCUUCUACCAGGAACCUGGAAAUGUUUAGAGGCUGCAGGGGCGUGCACGGGCUUCACCGACUGGGGCGCGCUCCCACUGGUCCCCAGCUCUUCACGGCGUUUCUCCUAGUUAGUCUCCAGCGGUUGACACCUCGGCUCGGCCAAACUCUCCUCGGCGCUAGAGCGCACAGCUGCUCCGGGCUCGUGGCUCCUGCCAGGCCAGAGGAAUCUCCCUCUCUGCGCGUCCGUGCCUCUGUUUGCAGCCUCAGCGUGAAUUUCACGCCAGAUGGAAGAUGUCACCUUUUCACAUGGGAACCAGAUGUUCAGUAAAAAUGUGAAAACAGUUGCAUGUGAACUGAAACGUCUCGGCGUUGAGAUUGAAUAGGUGCGCGACACGUGCGCGGUCCCCAGAAACGAUUAGUCUAUUAACUCCUUCCAUUUUAAUUGGCAACAAUUUGGCUAAUUGAUUAAAAGUUUGCAAGCCAGAUAUUAAUGUGUUGCUGGUAGCAGCUUCUGCGGGGGGUGAAUAUUUUUAUGGCAGUGAACUCAACGUGUUCGUGUUGCUCAGACAAAGCCACUUCAGGGAAACAUGGACAGCUGAACACUCGGUUAAAGAAAAUACCUGGCACGUGUAUUGAUAAAGAAACGUGUGAAAAUUAAAGCAAUUCGAUUUUUUAAACUAAAUCAAAUGAGCUCAAUAUAAAGCAACCCAUUCCGGAUUCUGCAGCCAGAUGUGGGAGCAGCUGUCAGCGCAGAGGCUUUUCAAUCAGUGACUAAACAGAAGUACGUGAACCUGGAGCGCCGGGGUGUCACCGUGCGUGUGUAGGGGGGAGCAGAGCAGGACCUGAAAACCUCUGGAAUAGUGUUAAUAUGCUGAGUAGAAUUUGUUCUACUGAUGCCAGUGGCGCGCACAGCAGCAGCUGUGACCACGGUGUGCUUGUGCUGUUCAGGAUCCCGUGGUUCCCGAGUCAACACGUCAUGUUUACCACACGCGCACACACACGUGUGGGGUCAUGUGAGCCCAGCGAUGACGUCAGCACAGCCAUAAGGAAGUGCCUCUUAUGGAGUCUGACUGACC